UAUCCCAAAAAGAAAGAAAAAGUUGAUGAAGGAAUCACGUUACACAUGGGAGCAGUGUAUUUACGACAAACAGAUCCCAUUUCAUUGCCACGCUCGCAGUUUCCUUGUUUGUCCCUAACUGCCUCUUUUCCCACUCUUAAUUUCUAUAGAUUUCUAUUGGAGGUUUGUUCUUCGAUCCCAAUUAUAUUCUGAUCGUGAGUUCGAGAUUUAUUAAUUUGAGUUUUGCUACAAUGCCGUCACUCUAUGGAGGUCCUCUUACUACAUUUGAAGACUCUGAAAAGGAAAGCGAAUUUGGUUACGUUAGAAAGGUAUCUGGACCAGUGGUUGUUGCAGAUGGAAUGGCUGGGGCUGCCAUGUAUGAACUUGUUCGUGUCGGACACGACAAUCUUAUUGGUGAAAUUAUUAGGUUGGAAGGAGAUUCUGCUACAAUCCAGGUCUAUGAAGAAACAGCUGGGCUGAUGGUGAAUGAUCCUGUCCUGCGUACACACAAGCCCCUGUCAGUAGAGCUUGGUCCUGGAAUCUUGGGAAACAUCUUCGAUGGUAUUCAGAGGCCGCUGAAGACAAUUGCAAAAAGAUCUGGUGAUGUGUACAUUCCUCGAGGUGUAUCUGUUCCAGCCCUUGACAAGGAUAUACUCUGGGAAUUUCAGCCUAAGAAAAUAGGCGAGGGAGAUAUCUUAACAGGUGGAGAUCUAUAUGCUAACGUCUUUGAGAACAGCUUAAUGGAACAUCAUGUUGCACUUCCUCCAGAUGCCAUGGGAAAAAUUACUUACAUUGCUCCCGCUGGUCAUUACUCUUUGAAGGAUACCGUUCUUGAGCUCGAGUUUCAAGGUGUCAAAAAGCAGUUCACUAUGCUUCAGAGUUGGCCUGUGCGUACACCUAGACCGGUUGCCUCAAAGUUAGCUGCCGAUACUCCUCUUCUUACUGGACAGCGUGUUCUUGAUGCUCUUUUCCCUUCGGUGCUUGGGGGUACUUGUGCUAUACCAGGUGCAUUUGGCUGCGGUAAAACAGUGAUUAGUCAAGCUCUUUCCAAGUACUCUAACUCAGACACUGUGGUCUAUGUUGGUUGUGGGGAAAGAGGGAAUGAAAUGGCUGAGGUACUAAUGGAUUUUCCUCAAUUGACAAUGACAUUGCCUGAUGGGCGUGAAGAGUCUGUCAUGAAACGUACCACACUUGUUGCUAAUACUUCAAACAUGCCUGUCGCUGCUCGUGAGGCCUCAAUCUAUACAGGCAUUACUAUAGCAGAAUAUUUCAGAGACAUGGGCUACAAUGUAAGCAUGAUGGCAGAUUCAACAUCUCGUUGGGCUGAAGCUUUACGUGAAAUUUCAGGUCGACUGGCAGAGAUGCCUGCAGACAGUGGAUAUCCUGCAUAUCUUGCUGCACGUUUGGCAUCUUUCUAUGAGCGUGCUGGUAAAGUGAAAUGUCUUGGUGGACCAGAGAGAACUGGGAGUGUGACAAUUGUUGGUGCUGUUUCUCCUCCUGGAGGAGAUUUCUCAGAUCCUGUUACAUCUGCAACCCUGGGUAUUGUUCAGGUCUUCUGGGGACUCGACAAAAAAUUGGCACAGAGGAAACACUUCCCUUCUGUAAAUUGGCUUAUUUCCUAUUCAAAAUACUCAGGGGCCUUGGAGUCCUUCUAUGAAAAGUUUGAUCCUGAUUUUAUCAACAUAAGGACAAAAGCCCGUGAGGUUCUGCAAAGGGAGGAUGACCUAAAUGAAAUUGUGCAACUUGUUGGGAAGGAUGCUCUAGCAGAAACAGAUAAAAUCACUUUGGAAACUGCUAAGCUCUUGAGGGAGGACUACCUUGCACAAAAUGCAUUUACUCCGUACGACAAAUUCUGUCCUUUCUACAAGUCUGUUUGGAUGUUGCGCAAUAUUAUCCAUUUCUAUAACUUAGCCAACCAGGCUGUUGAACGAGGAGCAGGUAUGGAUGGCCAAAAGAUUACCUACACUAUCAUUAAGCAUCGCCUAGGGGAUUUGUUCUACCGUUUGGUGUCCCAAAAAUUUGAGGAUCCGGCCGAAGGAGAGGAUGCUUUGGUAGCCAAGUUUAAGAAGCUUUAUGAUGAUUUGAUUUCUGGUUUCCGCAACCUUGAGGAUGAAACUCGAUGAAUCCUUCAGUAGAUGUAUUCCAGUUCUUGGAUGGAUCCAACCAGCUCCGAAGUAGCAUUUUCGCCGAAUCAGUUGUGGUGUUGUCCACACUAAAAUGGCAGUUUGGAUCCUAGAGUUGGAUAAGCAAAAAUUUGAAGGUGCUUGGCUCGGCAUUUUAUAUCUGUUGUUUAGUUGGUGUAACUCAGUUUAUUUAGCAGCAGGGUAAGUUAAGGGGUCGUUUAGGUGAUUCAUAUAAUUUCAGUUCUAUCUUUAUCAUCAGACUUGAAAAAUAAAGGUGAUGGAAGAAUGCACCUAAGAGUUAUUGUCACUUGGGUAUAUAAUGCACCGGUCUUUGUUUUGUUGUUACCAGAUGUGCGAUACGUUACAAUAAAUGUCUACGGGAUACUGAUCAUUUUAUAUUCAAA